AUGUCCAAGACCCAGUCCACCAUGAAAGUGGCCCGUGACAAAAGCAGCCUGGAGUUCAUCAACAGCUCCUCUUCCUUCCUUGAAGACAAAAAGAAACAUUCAAAGAAAAACAAAGGUAGGACUAUACUUGACCCCUCAAGUAACCCUUUCCACAUGUCAGAAGAUGUGGAUUUCUUCUUGUUCAGAGAGCAGGAGCAGAAUAAAGCCAUUGCAGAGCGUGAACAAAAGAAGAUGAUGAGGGUGCACCAGAAGAUGACCUACUCAUCCAAGGUGUCCGCCAAGCACACUAGCCUGCGCCGGGAGCUGCAGCUAGAAGAGGAGAUGGAGGACCAGGACCUGAUGACUGAGACCCGGCAACUGCACGGCUUCCGUGACAACACUACCUGGAAGCUGGCCAUGACCCAAGACAAUACUGUGGAGCCUGAAACAUUGAAUGACUACAUGCAACAGAAGCGAAGCAUGUUCCUCCUCCAGUACGCCUUGGCCAUGAAGCGCAAUGAAAUCCAGCGACUAGAGAUGCUGGCGACCCGGGAGGAGAACAGGCUGGAGAAGGCUGAGAAGUUCCUGGAGAAGGAUGCGACCCUGUUUGAUGAGUUCCUCAGGGAGAACGACCGUAGCUCAGUGCAGGCCAUGAAACUGGCUGAGAAAGAGUCCAAGAUCAAGAUGGAGAAGAUCAUUGAGAUCAGGGACCUCACGGCCCAGAUCAUGAACAUCAAAAGCGAAAUCUCUAAAUUCGAAGACACUUUACAACAUUACAAGAUCUACAAGGAUUUCCUGUAUAAGCUGUCACCCAAGGAGUGGUUGGACGAGCAGGAGGAGAAACGCCUGGCUCUCAGAAAGGCCAAGGAGCCUGGGGACAGCACCAAGGACAGCAGCAUGGUCACCUUAUUAGGGGAGAGAGGGUCUAGCAGCAAGAGCAAGACGACUUUGCUGUGGAAAGAGGUUCAGAGCUUAAAGAAGUCCUCAAGGUCUACACGGUCUGGGCAGGCCCCAUCCAGCUCUCAGAGCCUCCCGCAGGUUGGUCAGCCCAGCCAGCCCAGCCUGUACAGCGACCUGGAAUCCAGGAUGUCAAGCUCUACGAUGCCAUCACAAGACGACACUGACAGCGACGGGGAGGAGAUGGAACUGUACUUCACUGAGCCCCAGCAGCUCUUGGAUGUCUUCACACAGCUAGAGGAACAGAACCUGUCACUGAUUCAGAACACACAGGAGAUGGAGGAGACCUUGGAUGAUUUGAAUGUCACUCUGAGAAACACCCAGAUCCGCAUGGACAGAGAGGUCAACCUGCUGAAGCAGUGGAUUGCCACCAUGAUGAUUUCAAUCUCCAAAGAAGAGGAGGCAGCAGCAGAGCUGCAGCUCAAAGCCCGUGUCUUCCACUUCGGGGAGUAUAAGGGUCACCAGCAGGAGAUGCUGCUGGAGAGCCUGAACCUCAAGGUGCAGGAUGUGUACCAGAAUUGUGUGGGCAUGCAGCAGGAGGCCAACCUGGGCACAGUGCAGAUGCUGACUGUGGUGGAGCACCAACUGGACGAGCUGCUAGAGAAUCUGGAGCGAGUGCCCCAGGCCAAGAUUGAGCAGGCUGAGAAGAUUAAGGAGAGGGAGCGGCGCAUAAGGAUUCGUGAAGAGAAGGCCAGGAUACAGAAGCAGCAGCAGGAGGAGCGGCUACAACGGGCUCGAGCCAGGGCCCAAGCUGAAAUAAAAAAGAAGAGAGGCAGAAGAUUGGUAUGCCGCUCCCGUCCACCAAUCAUAAGAAUAAAGGAGGCGUCUGAGCCCUUGGUAAUGAACAAAGAAGAGGAGGAGAUGCUCUUCUUCUUCACUUAG